AAGCUUAGAAAAGCACAUUGAUUGAGCCUCUUUUUCAUUUACUGCUAGAGUUUAAUGCUCAUGUUCCCUCUCCCCAUACUUGUGCUUGGAAAGGAAAUGAUCUGAAGGUUCCCUCAACCAUUUGCACCCUCCAUUAAUGCAUGCCACGCUCAACCAUCUUAGAAUCCAAAGCCUGGCCACCUGCUUUCCUCUUCCUCCUCCUUGUUCUCCCCGAGAAACCAGAUGGGCAAGAAGCUUGGCUUGAUCUCCUUCAUCUUCAAGCUCAGGGUCGCACCAAAGCCUUGUUACUCUUCAUGGCCUUGGCUUUCUUGUAAGGACCCGAAGACGGAGUCCUUCCGCGACAUCGACGGCGACGCCACCUACAAGCCUGUGAACUCGGCGUACUUCGACUCGACCGAGUCGUGCUCCACCCGUUCGUCGGAGGAGCAGGAGAGCUUCUGCACAGCGUCGGCGGACUCCGGUGGGGACUCCACGGAGACGGUGGUGCGCGGGCUACGGUCGGACCGGCUCUUCUUCGAGCCGGGAGGCACGAGUUCGAUAGUGGCUGAGGCGAAGGACCGCGAGCUCCCGUUCAGGGGAAGCGUCGCGCUAGCGAUGGAAUCGGAAGACCCGUACCGUGACUUUCGGCUGUCGAUGGAGGAGAUGGUGGUGGCUCACGGCAUGAAAGAUUGGCGGCGGCUGGAGGAGCUGCUUCUUUGGUAUCUGAGGGUCAACCGGAGGAAGACUCAUGGUGCCAUAGUUGGAGCCUUCGUGGAUUUGCUUCUAACCUUUGCUUCUCCUUCUCCUCCUCCAUCUUCUGCAUCUUCUUCCAGUUCAAUUCAGAUUGAGGAAAUGGAAGAGGAGUUAGGAAGUGUGUCAAGUUAACUUCAAGAGAUAUGUGCUUCUUCUUGUUUAUGCUACAUUUCUCCUCCUCCUCCUCCUUCCUCCCUCCUCCCAAAACUCUCUUGUUCGAGGCCAUGCUCUCAAAUGUCCUCUAAUGUCAAGUGUUAUGCAAGAUACUUGUGAGCUUUCUGUAAUAUACUGAUUAAGAUGGAUGAUAUUAAUUGGA